GGUGCUCUGCUCGAUGUGCCGCAUACCAUCCUCUCUCGCCCCCCCCCACCCCCCCUCUGCCUUACCUUGUUUGUUGCACUUCGAAUCUCGGUCCCCACAGGUGGCUCAUGAAAUACUAAACAAAUCCUCGCACUACACACCAUUCCUAGCUCAACAGUGAACUAUUAUAAAGCUCGAUCGAGCCCGCUACAACACUCACACAUCAAGCUCUGCGACUCUAGAGUUCGCUCGUAAUAAUCUCUGAGAAUUUCACAGAGGUUGUUACAACUGCUGAAUAUGAGAGUUUGAUCUGUCAUCCGAUCCUGCUGGUCCUCAGACUGACAGGUCGCUCGCUCAGGUACGAGCUCUGACCUUGGGCUUGGAAAAUCUCGAAGAGAACAAUGGAUGGGUCGAUGCAUGGAGUCACGGGGCGAGAGCCAGUGUUUGCCAUGAACAUGGAAACCGUCGGAGAGAGCAAGGAUGGUGCUGCGGGUGUGCCCACCGAUAUCAAAGGCAGGCCUUUCAAGAUGCCUGUGGACUCCGAGCACAAGGCCAAGACUGUCAGACUGUACUCUGUCGUUGCACCUCACAUGCGGACGUUCCACUUGUCAUGGAUUUCGUUCAUGGUGUGCUUCUUCUCGACAUUCGCGGCUCCGCCACUCAUGCCCAUCAUCCGGGACAAUCUCAAUUUGACCAAGGGGGACAUCGGGAAUGCGGGAAUCGCAUCCGUGUCGGGGUCGAUCAUCUCGCGUCUGCUCAUGGGGACCAUCUGUGAUCUCGUGGGUCCUCGUUACGGGUGCGCGAUUCUCAUGAUGAUGACAGCUCCGGCUGUCUUCUGCAUGCCUCUCGUGUCGACUGUCACCGGAUUCAUCCUGGUCCGUUUCUGCAUCGGAUUCGCUCUGGCCACUUUCGUGUCGUGUCAGUUCUGGAUGAGUUCCAUGUUCAACAGCAAAAUCGUCGGUCUCGCCAAUGGCACGGCUGCAGGGUGGGGAAAUCUCGGAGGGGGUAUCACCCAGCUCGUCAUGCCACUGGUGUACAACCUCAUCAAGAACCAGCUCCAUUCGCCUAACUACACCGCCUGGCGACUCGCAUUCUUCGUUCCCGGCGUGAUGCAGACAUUCAUGGGCAUGGUCGUCCUCGUUCUGGGUCAGGAUCUCCCCGACGGCAAUUACGCCGCCCUCAAGAGAGAAGGAGAGAAGGUUAAUGACAGCUUUAAAAAGGUUCUUCUGUACGCCGCCACGAAUUACCGCACGUACAUUUUCGCCUUGACGUACGGGUACUGCUUCGGAGUGGAGCUCACCGUGGACAACAUCAUCGCCGAGUAUUUCUACGAUCGCUUCGACCUGAACCUGCAGACGGCUGGAAUCAUCGCGUCGACCUUCGGGCUCAUGAACAUCGUCUCGCGCCCUCUGGGAGGCAUUAUGUCCGACCUCGUGGCCUCGAGAUUCGGCAUGAGAGGUCGGCUGUGGAACUUGUAUAUCAUCCAGACCCUGGGCGGCGUUCUGUGCAUCAUUCUCGGUGUCACCGGGCAGUUGUCAUCCGCCAUCGCCGUGAUGUUGAUCUUCUCGUUCUUCGUCCAGGCUGCUUGCGGGGCCACGUUCGGCGUCAUCCCCUUCAUCUCCCGCAGAUCUUUGGGGGUGAUUUCUGGAGCCACUGGAGCUGGUGGCAAUGUCGGAGCAGUUGUGACUCAGGCUCUCUUCUUCAUGAGCUCGAGCUACACCACCGAGAAGGGAAUCAUGCUCAUGGGCAUCAUGAUUGUGUGUGUCACCCUCGUCGUCCCCCUUGUAUACUUUCCUCAAUGGGGGAGUAUGUUCUGUCCUCCUUCCAAGGCUACCGAGGAGGACUACUACACAAGCGAGUGGAAUGAGAUGGAGCAAUCGAAGGGGCUCCAUCACGCGAGCUUGAAAUUCGCCGAGAAUUCCAAAUCUGAGCGGGGCAAGAGAGUAGUCCCGUCGUCCAGCCCUUCGGCUGGCAACACGCCUCAACACGCAGGUCAAGUUCCCUCCAAUGUCUGAACGAGUUUUAGAAUUCCAUACUGGUAACCACUCGGAGAUCUCCCGGCGCUGUCGACAAUGGAGACUGAAAUUUCAGUCUGUUUCUCUUAGGCAAUCAAUCUGUCAGUCCUGCUAUGCCAAGUAGCUGUCGUAUACAUUAAUCGUUCGCACUUGUGUGACUGGUACUUAAUCUUGCCUGUGGAGCUAGCGCACCUCGGUAUUCACAGAACGAGUUUGACCUCGCGGAUUAGUUUGUAUCAUAUAAUUUAGGACGUCUUACACAUAGUGAAUGGAGGAUCUUUCUCCUCUUCGUUCCAUCUCGUGUUCACCUCAAUUACUACAAUUUUAGAGUGGAGAUGGAAACCCUUUAUCAACCCUUUAACCUAAUCAAUGAAGAACUUGGAGGCACAAAUACUGCCAUUCCGGUGCCAUUGGAAGCUACAUUCCUCACCCAGCUGCCAGUCGCUGAGGUUUGAUUUAGAUUCUUGACGGUUCUGUACAGCUACCGCUAGAUUUUUGUCAGCAGUAGCCUCAACAAUGUACUCGUACCCAAACAUAAAUAUAUCCA